CUCACAGCUCAUGUGGGCUGCAGCUGUGACAAGGAUGGACAGACUGCUUUUCUGGUGCACUCUUCUGGCCUCCUCUGCCACUUUCCAGGCAGUGUCCAUGGAGCAAGGUGCUGUGCCCUCGUGCCCACCUCAGUGCCACUGUGAAGAAGAUGGCAUAAUGCUCUCAGUGGAUUGCUCAGAGCUGGGACUCUCUGAAGUCCCUGCUAACUUGAGUCCUCUAACGGCUUACCUUGAUCUGAGCAUGAACAACAUUAGCGAACUGCAACCCAACACUUUUCAUCAUAUGCGCUUCCUGGGGGAGCUGCGACUCUCUGGAAACCAGCUCUUCAGGAUCCCAGGGGAAGCCUUUUCUGGCCUCUACAGUUUGAAGAUUUUGAUGCUGCAGAACAACCAGCUCAGACGGAUCCCUGCAGAGGCACUGAGGGAUCUUCCAAACCUCCAGUCUCUACGCCUGGAUGCAAACCUUAUCUCUCUGGUGCCGGAGAAGAGCUUUGAGGGAUUGCCGUCCUUACGUCACCUGUGGCUGGAUGAUAACGCUCUGACGGAGAUCCCUGUCCAAGCUCUCAAUAACCUUCCAGCCCUGCAGGCCAUGACGCUGGCUCUCAACCAGAUCGGGCACAUUCCUGACUAUGCCUUCCAGAAUCUCAGCAGUCUCGUGGUGCUUCACCUCCACAACAACCGAAUCCAGAGCCUGGGGACCAAUGGCUUUGAAGGCCUGCACAGCCUGGAAACUUUGGACCUGAACUACAAUGAGCUUUUGGAAUUCCCUGUGGCCAUCAGGACCUUGGGCCGACUACAGGAGCUGGGUUUCCAUAACAACAACAUCAAGGCUAUUCCAGAGAAGGCAUUUGUUGGGAACCCGUUACUCCAAACCAUACAUUUUUAUGGCAAUCCUAUCCAGUUUGUUGGACAGUCCACUUUCCAGUUCUUGCCAAAGCUGCACACCCUGUCCCUAAAUGGAGCAACAGACAUCAGAGAAUUCCCAGACCUUAAAGGAACUACCAGCCUAGAAAUUUUGACCUUGACCCGGGCAGGGAUCCAUUUGCUUCCCAGAGGGAUGUGCCAGCAACUACCCAGCCUCCGAGUCCUUGAACUCUCUCACAACCAAAUAGAAGAGCUGCCCAGUUUCCACAGGUGUCAGCGGCUAGAAGAAAUUGGCCUCCAGCACAAUAGGGUCCGUGAAAUCAGAGCAGACACCUUUGGGCAGUUAAUGGCCCUGCGCUCCAUAGACCUAAGCUGGAAUUGCAUCCACUUCAUCCAUCCUGAGGCCUUUGUGACCCUCCACUCACUCACCAAGCUAGACUUGACUGACAACCGGCUGGUCACCUUGCCACUGGAUGGAUUGGGUGGCCUAACCCAUCUGAAGCUCCAAGGCAACCCUGCACUGUCUGAGCCCUUCACCAAGGAAAGCUUCCCAAAGAUGAGAGUCCUAGAGGUGCCCUACGCUUACCAGUGUUGCGCCUAUGGAGCCUGCAGCAAUUUCUUUAAGCUAUCCAAUCAGUGGGAAGCAGAAGACAUGAACCCUGAGGAUGAGGACCUCCACAAGAGGACAGUGGGAUUUUUUCCUGGUCACGCCGAUAACCACUAUGACCUAGACAUAGAUGACUUCCAGCUGGAGCUUGAGGAGUCAAAGCUGCACCCCACUGUUCAGUGCACCCCCAGCCCUGGUCCCUUCAAGCCCUGCGAUCACUUGUUUGAGAGCUGGGUCAUCCGCCUGGGUGUCUGGGCCAUUGUGCUGGUCUCAGUGCUCUGCAAUGGGCUGGUUGUCUUAGCCAUCUUCGCCUCACCUGGUUACCUCUCACCAGUCAAGUUUGUCAUUGGCUCCAUUGCUGGGGCUAACAUGCUGACAGGCAUUUACUGCAGUAUGCUGGCCUUCGUUGAUGCCCUGACAUAUGGGCAGUUUGCCAAGUACGGUGCCAGGUGGGAGACAGGUGUGGGCUGCAGGGUGACAGGGUUCAUGUCCGUGUUUGCCUCAGAGACUGCCGUCCUCCUGCUGACUCUGGCUGCUGUGCAGUGUAGCAUUUCAGUCUCUGGCAUCCAAGCAUAUGGAAAGUCACCCUCCUUCAGCAGUGUCAAGGCAGCUGCCCUGUGCUGCCUGGUGCUGGCUUCUAUGGCUGCAGCACUGCCUCUCUUCUCUGUUGGCGAAUAUGGAGCAUCUCCUCUCUGCCUCCCAUAUCCCAUCCCAGAUGGGAAAUCUUCAACUUUAGGCUUCAUGGUGGCCCUGGUAAUGAUGAACACACUCUGCUUCCUGAUCAUCACUGGCACCUACAUCUGGCUCUACUGCAACUUACUCAAAGGGGAGCUUGACACCAUCUGGGACUGUGCUAUGAUCAAGCACGUAGCCUGGUUGAUCUUCACCAACUGCCUCCUCUACUGCCCGGUGGCCUUUCUCACCUUCUCCUCCAUGCUCAACCUCUUCCUCAUCACUCCUGAGGUCAUCAAAUCUGUCCUGCUAGUGGUGCUGCCCUUGCCAGCCUGCCUGAACCCCCUGCUUUACCUGCUCUUCAAUCCCCACUUCAGAGAUGACCUGCGCCUGCUGAGACAAAAAGGCCAGGGCAAGGAAAGAUGCUCCCAGUCCUACGCCUCCGAUGACAUGGAGAAGAGCUCGUAUGACUCAACCCAAGCUCUAGUGACCUUCUCUGAUAUGGAUCAUAUGUUUGAGGCUCCUGACACCCUCAGCGUGCACCCCAUUCUGGAGACGUACAGUUUCCCCUCCAUGACUCUCAUCCCCUGUCAGCAAAGGAUGGGUGCCAGAGGAAAAGAGAGAAGCUACUCAGCCCACCAUCCCUGCCUGAAUGAUGAUGAACUGUUAAUUGCCUCAGAAAGCAGAGACCCAGCCAGCAGCAGUCUCCGGAUAGACUUCUUCCCCUCCCCACCCACGUCAUCCUAUACCUCUCACUUAUAAACCACAAAGUGGCCAUGCAAAGCAGCCCCCUGCCUGAAGAACUGAGAAGGAGCCCCAGCAUGGGGCAGCCAGCAGGGCAGGAGACAGGCUGCUUCACAUAAGGUAUCAAUACACCCCACCGUCACAUAACUGUUGUUAGCACCACCAUGGUAAGCCUGACAUUGCACAUAGAAGGGCCCUGUAUGAGCUGCCAUGCCAGAGGCUCAAGGGCUUUGAGACUGAGCCUCCUGCAUGAGUGUAAAAGGAAUCACCCUUCCCCUUGCUUGCAAAUGCAUGGGGGAACCCACUAGCAAAGGGCAUGGGUCACAGAAACUUUCCUCCCAGGGGUGCCCCAGUCAUGGCCAUAGCAUGACAAGGCAGAGAAAGCAUCUAAGGAGAGCAUAAAUGUGUGGCAAAGAGCCCAGACAUGUCCCCAAGGGAAUGGUAGAGUAGGAGCUCUCCAGAGACAAGAGGCAGUGCCAUGGCCACAGACCUUGCCCUUCCGGGGCUAUGCUGCCCUCCAAUACAGUG